AUGUUCAAUUUCGGCAGCGCAGAGAAAGUAAAGAAUCUACACCCAGUCACCGAGGAAUUUGAAAGCAGCCAGUACUUUGGUCCACUCACUCCUAAAGACACCGAAUGGGCGACUAUUAACUCGAACUUUGUAGCUGAGACUCAGACCUUUUGGUAUCCACAAAUCCAGUUCAACUUUAUGCUUUACAACCCAACGACCGCGAAUAAGCUCUGGAAAUCUAUUAGUGUCAACAACUUUAGCACGCCUGCGAAAGUACCAGGAAAAUCAUACGAUCGUCGCAGCUGCUCGGCUGACCAAUUCACCAUCCUCCACGAGAGCUUGCCAAAUGGCGAUGAAUCUUACAGGAUAAACGCAAAGAUCGACAAUGAAGUACAAAUCAUUAUUAACUUUAUACGUCCUGCUAGUUGCGCCGGUUUCAAACUCGGAGAUGGUCCUGAAGGUGGUUACACCUCAUAUGGUAACGACAAAUCAUCAAACAAGAGGGAUGGCUAUGUUGUACACAGAUUCUGGCCUAGAGUACGCACAGAGGGUCAGGUCAUCAUCAAGGGAAAGCUCGUAGAUGCUGUCGGUCACGGUGCAUUCAUACACGCUAUCCAGGGUAUGAGAGCUAAUCUCGUUGCACGCUCUUGGAACUUCGCCCUCUUCCAAUCAGACCAGCACGGCGGUGUCUCUUCACUUCUCAUGGAGUUUGAGACAACAGAUGGCUAUGGUUUGGCUACUAGAACAGAAGGUGGCGGUGGUGUCAAGGUCACAAUUGGUGCACUCGUUGCAGGUGACAAGUUGCUCUCAGUUACUGGAUCAACGACCUACCCUGGACAAAUGCCGCAAGGAUUGACUGCCGCUGAAUACCGCAACACUAUAAAGGAUCAAGAGACCGCAUAUAUUGUACCAUCAGAGGUUAGAUACGUAUGGGGCGGCGCUGCUAUUGAAAACAACAAGGCAAUCCGCGCAGAAAUGCUCGUCAACUACAAGAACGAGAAAGAAGAGGGUGUCAAUAGAGGUUUAGUUGAGAAGGUUGAUUUCCUUGCUCACAUUCCAUACGUAGUCAGAAAGGCUGUACAUGUCUUUGCAAAGACAAAACCAUAUAUCUACCAAUAUUUGAAUCCAGCGGAGCUUCAAUUAGACCUCCCAGAAGGAGUAGCGGAAGCAACCAAGUUGACUGUUCAAGGUACUGCGUUUACAGAGCAGUCAUUUAUCUCACCUUAA